AUGGUCACCAUUGGCAAUGCCCACGACGACUUGAUUCACGACGCGGUGUUAGAUUACUACGGGCGACGUCUUGCUACUUGCUCCCUGGAUAAGACCAUAAAGGUUUUCGAAGUUGAUGGCGAGAAUUACAAGUUAGCAUCCACUCUAUUCCACCAUGAAGGUCCGGUGUGGCAAGUUGCUUGGGCCCACCCCAAGUUCGGGCUGAUCCUUGCGCUGUGUUCUUACGAUGGUAAGGCCUUGAUUUGGAAACAACAGCCUCAGAAUCGAGAAUGGCAAGUUAUCGCUGAGCACACGGUGCAUCAGGCUUCAGUAAAUCUGGUUCUGUGGGCACCUCAUGAAUUAGGGGCAGUCUUAUUGUGCACUCUGAGCGACGGUAGAGUGCUGGUGGUUGACUUCAACGAGGACGGUACCACACUGUCGGUGGUGUUCGAUGCUCAUGCUAUUGGCGUCAACUCGGCGCUGUGGGCUCCAGUUUCUGACGUUAAGGACAAGCUGGCCCGGCGAUUUGUUACUUGCGGAUCUGACAAUUUGGCUAAGAUCUGGCGAUUCGACCCCAUUUCAGACAAAUACGUACAAGAGGCCACCCUUCAGGGCCACUCUGAUUGGGUUAGAGAUGUGGCUUGGCUGCCAUCUAACCUCGUCAAGCAGUACAUUGCCACUGCUUCACAAGACCGUACAGUGUUGAUUUGGUCACCUGAUGCUCAGGGCAACUGGCAGAAACAACUAUUGACUGAAGAACCUUUCCCCGAUGUAUGCUGGAGAUGUUCGUGGUCGUUGCUGGGGAACAUCCUCGCUGUGUCUGGGGGUGACAACAAGGUGAGCUUGUGGAAGGAAAACUUCCAAGGCAAGUGGGAACUGGCGGGACAGGUGGACCAGUGA